AUGGCCGAUAGUUAUGACAUUUCACGAAAUCCAAGCGACUUACCGAGAUCAAGGGGCAUUGCAAAUGUUCGUCCAGGUGCUUCUCGUCAGCAUUUUCUCGACUUUGAAAAUAUGAAUGCUCAACAAGAUAAUCCUCUUCGACAAUUAACAGCAGAUUCCUGGAAAAAUUCGAUCAACGAGGAAAAACAGGAGAAGGAUGCUGAAGAAAUAUUUUCUACUGAAAUUGAUGCCGAAGUCUAUGAUAGAUAUGCGCUAGGAGCUUUGCUACCAGAUGGAUGGUCAAGAGGACAUGGAUUAGGAGAUUCGUUGAAAAAUAUUACGGAUGCUCAUUGUAGUACAUUUUAUGACAAAGCCAUGGAACUUCUGACAAAACAUACAGACUACGAAGAAGCAUUAGUGAAUAUAAAUAAAUGUCUUCUUCUCAAACCAUAUCACAUUCCAUUCUAUGAAAUUCGCUCACAAAUCUAUUUAAAUCUAUGUGAUUUUCAAAGUUCAUUUAUAAGCUUACAAAAAAGUAUUACAUAUACACAAGCUACAACAAGUAAUAGUCGAUUAUCGAAAAUUGAACAACCAGCAGCAUCGAAUCCUACAACACCAGCUCCUCGAGAAGAUAGAUUAAUAAAUGAAAAAAUAGCAUUUCUUCGAUACAUUACAGGUGUAACAUUAUUCGAUCAAAAACUUUAUUUAGAUGCAUUGGGUAUUGUUGCCAAUGGUGCUAGUAUUUUCAUUACAUUACCAUUUCAAAUCUACAGUAUUCUUUGCCUAACAGCUUUGAAUAAAAUAGAUGAAGCAAGUACAUUGGUAACUCAAAUGAUCGAACAAUAUCCUGAAAAUGCUGAUUUACUGAUUAUUCGUGCUCGUCUUUUUUAUAAAGACAAGACUAAGGUUUUUAUUUGA